AUGCAGCAAAGAAUACUGGUCGUGGGUUCGGGGUUCGCUGGCAUGUGGAGUGCCCUUGCUGCUAGGCGGCUGAUUCAUCUCACCCAAGGGACAGCCAGUGCGAUCGACGUGACAGUUGUAGCACCUGAACCAAGACUGGUUGUGCGACCGAGGCUCUACGAAGCAAAUCCCGCAAACAUGAGCGCCCCCCUUACCGAUCUUUUCAGCGCAACAGGCAUCCAAUAUGUUCAAGGAAAAGUUGACCUCAUCCGGCCGACACAACAGGAAGUGGAAACUGUAGACACCGCCGGCAAACGGUCGACACUCUCCUAUUCCAGGCUUAUCUUGGCGACCGGAAGUCGUUUGGUGCGUCCGAAUAUCCCCGGCCUCCGCGAGCAUGCUUUUAGCAUUGACCAAAUCGACGAAGCAGCAGAGCUUGACAAGCACUUAAAUAGCCUGGCCUCCCUUCCUGAUACUCCGAAGCGCAACACAGUCGUCGUAGUCGGUGGCGGAUUUACAGGGAUCGAGAUCGGGGCCGAACUCCCAGCGCGAUUACGCGCAAUUCUCGGCAAAGAUACCAAGGUCCGCAUUGUCAUUGUCGAGCGGAAUGCCGAUAUUGGACCUGAGCUUGGGCCCGGCCCGCGCCCAACCAUCAUCCAGGCGCUCACGGAACUUGGAGUGGAAAUGAAGCUUGGAGCAGCGGUGAAGUCGGUCGAGCCCAGCGGUGUGGUCACCUCCAGCGGCGAGACAAUAAGCGCUCUGACUGUCGUUUGGACUGGUGGCAUGGCAGCCGAUGAGCUGACAAGGCAGAUCGGUGGCCAAAGAAACCUACAGGGCCGGCUAAUUGUCGACCGCGAUUUGCGAGUACCGUCCGACGAGAAGAUAUUUGCCACAGGCGACACAGCCUUUGCAAUAACCGAUGACCAAGGAAACCAUACAAUGAUGUCCUGCCAACACGCCACGAUUCUAGGCCGCUCAGCAGGACACAAUGCAGCGGCUGAUCUACUAAAGAUCGACACACGACCAUACUCGCAGCCCAGCUACGGGACUUGUCUUGAUUUGGGCCCAUGGGGUGCGGUUAUUGGUGCAGGCUGGACCCGUGAGACGACCAUGUUGGGCCUGGAAGCCAAGGCGGUCAAACAAUGGAUCAACAGCUCUUUGAUCUAUCCACCAAAGGCAGAUCAAGAUGAGGCUUUUGCUCUUGCUGAUCCCGCCUAUGAAAUCCCGAAUUUGGACUUGUCCUCGUUGUAA